AUGUCCCUAUCGGACCGGAAGGAGUUAGUUCAGCUGGCCCGAGAAUUUGAUGCCUUGAUCGUAACGGACGAUGUUUAUGAUUUUCUGCAAUGGUCCCCAGACCCCAACAAGUCCCUCGCUCAGCCGAACAGAGCCGCUCUCCCGCGUCUUGUCGAUGUGGAUCGUUAUUUAGACGGCGGCCCCAAGGACGAAUGGGGCAACGCGGUAAGUAACGGAAGUUUCAGCAAGCUGAUCGGCCCCGGAGCCCGAACUGGAUGGGCGGAAGGCACGGAGAAAAUGGCCUUCGGCAUCUCCCAAGCAGGCUCGAGUCGGUCUGGAGGUGCCCCAUCUCAGCUUGCAGCCGUUAUCAUCGAUCAGCUGUUCCCCACGGGAGUUUUCCCGCAGUACCUGGAGAAGUCCCUCAGGCCGAUGUACGCUGACCGAUAUCACCGACUGAUGGGGGCCAUUCGUGAAUACCUGCUCCCCUUGGGGGUCACCCUACCCUCCGCAUCGGAAGUGGCUGGUGGAUACUUCAUCUGGGUUCAACUGCCGGCCCCAUUGCGCGCGAUUGAGCUGGCCGCCGUGGCAUUGAAGGAAAAGAAGGUGAGAGUGGCGACAGGCAAUUUGUUCCAGGUUCAGGGUGACCCAUCGGCUGGUCCCGAUGACUUUGACCGUGGCGUCCGACUUUGUUUUGCCUGGGAGCACGAAGAUAAAUUGGUGGAAGGAGUUCGUCGAUUCGCGUGUGCGAUAGGCAGCGCAUUGAGGAAGGAAUGA